AUGGGUCGUGUUUUGCAAAAAAGGAAAAAUCGCUCAGGCGCCCCAAGAGUAAAACAAAAAGCGAACCGCCUGAAAAAUGGGAACAAGAAAAUCAACCUUCUCGGGAACGCUAUCAUCGCUCAGAAUUGGGAUAAAAAAUUAACUAUCACCCAAAACUAUCGCCAGCUCGGCUUAGCAUCCAAGCUCAACGCUACCACUGGCGGGGAGGAGAAAAGGCUCGAUAUUCUAGUAAAUGGCCAACAAUAUGCAGAUCCUUUACAUGUCCUGUCCUCCUCGACUGUAAAGAAACUAAAACCGACGGAAGCCCGGGUAGAAAGGGACCCCGAAACGGGGAAGAUCCUCCGUGUAAUUUAUCCGGAGGAUGAUGAACGAGUGGAAAUCGCGGGUAGAAAAUGCCGGAAAUCCAACCCACUGGAAGACCCGCUGAAUGAAGUUGGCAAUAUUGACUAUGACGAUGGAGCUAUGAGUAUCCCGACUAGCAUGACUUCAUCGGCAGUUGUUCAGGCGCUGGAGCGGCAAGCCGUGUUGGAAGAGGAGGCAUUGAAAAAGAAGCAGCCAAGACAGCAGAGCAAAGGUGAAGAAGAAUGGCUAGAGAGAUUGGUAGCGAAUCAUGGCGAUAAUAUUGGUGCUAUGGUUAGGGAUAGGAGGUUGAACCCCAUGCAACAGACGGAAGGGGAUAUAAAACGGAGGCUAAGAAAGUGGAAAGAAAGACGGAGGAUGAAGAUGGGGAGGGCCUAA